GGGCGAGAAGCCGUUUCCACCUUUUUGUCCGCCGACCAUGGGGACGAGCGGAGUUCGGAUGUGGUAGAGGAGCUGGCGCGCCGUUGCUGGUGGACCGGCGGUUGGCGGCGGAGACGGCGUCCUCUCGUCGCCUGGCGGAGGAGGAGGAGGAGAGGAAGAAACAAGAAAGCGGCGGGAGAGUAAAGGGGAAGCCCAGCCUGCGCCGGCCGCCGGCCCCCGGCCCGGUGAAGAAUGGCCAACGAGUUAGUGAUCCUCAACGUGUACGACAUGUACUGGAUUAAUGAAUACACCUCAUCAUUAGGAAUUGGAGUCUUCCAUUCAGGCAUUGAAGUAUAUGGCAGAGAGUUUGCCUAUGGUGGCCAUCCUUAUCCAUUUUCAGGAAUAUUUGAGAUCACUCCUGGAGACUCAACAGAGCUAGGGGACACAUUCAAAUUUAAGGAAGCAAUUGUGAUGGGUAGCACUGAUUUUACAGAAGAUGACGUGGAGCGCAUUGUGGAGGAGCUUGGAAAAGAAUACAAGGGGAAUGCCUAUCAUUUAAUGCACAAAAAUUGCAACCAUUUUUCUUCAGCUAUAUCUGAGAUCCUCUGUGGCAAAGAGAUCCCUCGCUGGGUUAACCGGCUAGCUCACUUCAGUUCCUGCAUUCCAUUUCUCCAGAGUUGCUUGCCGAAAGAAUGGCUAACACCUGCCGCACUCCAGACCAGCGUAAGCCAAGAGCUGCAGGAUGAGCUCGGGGAGGGAGAGGGUGCAGCAGCAUCAACUUCAGCUUCCACUUCAGCAUCCAUCCCAGGCCACCACACCAAAUUAUGAUCCUGCACAGUGACUUGAGACUGUAGACAUACUGACUAUUUUUUAUUUACUUAAAAAAAGGUAAUUGCAAUUAUUAGAAACUGUUCUGCAGGGUGCUGAACAUUCAAGAUCCUUGUUUCUCAAUCUAAUUUUUUUUAAUAUCUUACCUGGCAUUUUCCAAACUCAAUUAUGUUUUGUAGUUGAUAUUCCACGUUCUACCUUGUGCUAAAAUAUCACCCACUUCUUUCUGAUAGCUUGAGGGGUCACGUUAAAAAAGUAGACUUCUUUUAAAAGCUAUACAUACAGUAUUUUGGAUAAUUGUUUACAAAGUCCCAUAACUGGGAUCAACACCUAAUGACCUGUUAUAAUGAUAAUACUGGUAAUUUUAUAUUUUGUAAAGCACUCUUAACUGUUGUAGGCUGGUACAGUAAAUAAUGAAGUCACGUUUCACUGGUGAUCAACCUCCACCAAAAAUCUUAACUCCCUCUUUGCAUUAUCCUCCCCACAACCAUCCAUGAUUAACUAAAUGAUGCAACAUAGAGUUGGCAGAUUUUUAUUAUUUAUAAAGAUGUUCAAAAAUAAGCUUUUCAGCUGUAUUUUUCAGAGAAUGCACAAAUACAGCAAAAUCAAUUUUUAUAUGCUUCUACAACUGUAUCAGUCUGCAACAUCUGAAGUUAAAAUGCUAUUACUGUACGCAGUACAAAACAUCAAAAUGAGCAAUAAGCCUUUCACCAGCAUUCUCAAUGAACAGGGAGUUUAAGUUUGUUAUAGUGAAAUAAUCAGUGUCUCUGUUCUUGAGGCAGAGAAUCAAAGACCUCUUUAGCUGCAUAGACCUGUAACUGAAACAAUCCCCAGUACUAACUGGCAUCCUGUUCAGGAUGUCUCUUCCUGCUAAUAUUGUAUGUAGUCUGUUUUAAAACCUUAGAGUCAAGAGUUGCUCCUAAAUGAUUUUUGAAACCCGCAGGAACUUUUGUCUGGUCAUUUCCUAAUAAAAUGAUAUUGUAGGAGGGAUUAGCACCUUAAAAUGUACACUUAGAUUAUUGUGAAUCAUGAAAUGAGAUAAAAAUGUUGUCAUUUUCUAAUUAUGAAAUCCCUUUGACAUUGUAGGGAGUCAUUUUAAGGAAGUUUUCAUUUUCAGAAAUGAUUUACAGUAUUCUAAGAAAGUGGUGUUUUGAUCAUGUGCAUAAUCUGUUCGCUGGGUUUGAAUGAUGUAACAGUCCCAGGCUUGUGCAAACCCUCGUUCCUUGCUUUUCCAUGUUCUUUUUUGUUUUGAAACAAAAAAACACUGUACUUUUCAGCAGCCCUUCAGCAGAUUGUCUUUGCAUUGACACUGCGCUGUUGUGUGCCUUAGAGAGUUUGUAAAUGGGGUAUUACAGACUAUCUUAAACUUAUAAAAGGUGACUUAAAGGGACAUUGUGUUUCUGUGCUUGGCAAUCAUGUGUACACGAACCCUCCUUGGGGUACCACGCCAAAACAAUUUUUCUGGCUAGCCCAUAUAUGUCAUUUGCAAAAAAACAGUUUAAUGUUUAUUCAAACUGCUUGAUGUUAGAAUGCACUUAAGAGUUAUCUCACAACGUACAGUUGGAGAAGUUACAUGGCAAAGUUGUCAAAUAUUGAACAAGAUUGCUAGGAGACGUUAAUGGUAUGUCAUUUGUCAGAACUUGUAUCAUUCUGAAAGAGACUGACUCUCAUUCUAAUUAUACUUCACACAGAAGUUUUGACAUACGCUAAGAGUUGUGUUGCUAUGCAAUAGUAUUCCUAACACUGCCUGACUUGUCAAGUAAUACCACUGCUGUCAAGAUCACUGGCCAUUGUUUCAUUACUCAAGCACAGAGUUGAUUCUAGUCCAGUGACUCGCCAUAUCAGUGAGUUCACUAUCUCUGCUGCUUCUUUCUGAGGAGAUACGUUAACUGAGGGGCAGGCAAAGACAAACAGAUCAUCCUAAUGCCAGCUAACACCAACUAGUUCGAUUGUGGUACGCUUUGCCGAUUAACCUGGUGACGGAUUGUCACAUGGAGUGACAGGAAAUGUUUUGGUAGCAUAUAUCAAAAGGGAAAGUUAAAUGGUUAAUAUUUACCAAGUAAAGGAUUUGUAAUUCCUGUAUUUUUUAACCCUUUGGAGCCCGGCAAUAGCUUAGUGUACUAUCCAAAUGUCUUUCCAACUGAACCAGGUACAAAAGCAUGGCCACAGAUAUAGUGAUGAUAGCACACACUUUAUACCUCUGAAUUUGACGUCAAUUUUCCCUGAACUGCUGGAUCCUAAACACAAUACCGCUAACAUACCUGUGCAAGUGACCUAUCCAAGUUUAUUACAGAAAUUUGUUUCAGACUCCCUUGCCUUCUGAAGUUGAACUGUGGAUAAUGGACUGGUUUUAGAGAGAUGUAGAUCUCCCACUGCUUCAUUGUAUUUGCUUGAUCUGCACUGUGGAAGGGUCUGCAGUAAUAUUUCAGACCACUUUGGUAAGGGGUGGGGGAGUAAGUCUGAGCCACCCUGGAGAAAACUUGAUGGCCAUCAGGCAAAUAGGUAGAGCAAUCCAGCUGCAACCACAUCGGUCUGCCAGGAAAAGAAGUCGCACUCUAAGACUAAACCCAGCUUUAAGUCACAUGUUGCAGUGAUCUAAAAGACUUUGGUCAUAGCCAGUGGUCCAAAACAAGGUAGGAUUAACUAUGCAGCAUAUCAAGAGUCCUGUGGAAUUGGGUCUUUAGAGGGGGGGAGAAAGGUAACAUGACAUCUGUUCAUUUGAUCUUUGGACUGAGAGGGUUAAAUAUCAGGAUGAUGGUCUAAAUAUUGGACUGGCCUUGUGUAGUAGCUGAUUGAGACUUUCCAGGUAGUGUGCUUCUGAUUGUAUCUUGGAUAAAAGUUGCGCAUGACCACACAGCACUGCCUCUUCGAUGGUACAGAAUAUAUUACGUACCCAAAUGCCUGGGUACUUCUGUGAGGUGCCUUUUAAUUGUGACACAGGGACCUAUUGAUGAUCCAGGUCAAUUCAUCCAAAAUACCUCGUAACAUUUUCCACUCCAGUAGCUGUAUGUAAAAUUAAGUCCAUGUAUCUAAUUUAAGCAAAGGGUGGUGAACAGUCCCUUCACUGUUCCUGAUUUUGCAAACUGUACUUUAUUUUUUUGAACAAAAUGUGACAAUGGCAUUAAAAAGAAACUUGUUUGUUCUAAAA